UGAGAGUAAUUUCAGCCAAGCAUUUCAGUUAUCACUCACUAAAGGGUAACAAUUAUAAUUUUUCCGGGCUAUAAGUAAGUAGUCAAGCUGCUCAUUUGGAGCAAUUAGUUGGUUUCUUCUUCAGGAAUGUAGAGACAAUCCUAUUUCAGGUGAGAGCUGAACACUUCUGGAAUGAUAACGAAGUCAAAAUAAUAGCAGAUGAAUACAUUAUUGCAUGAUUCGAAGAAUUUAUUUAUCAUGCUUCAACAGGUCACCUGUAAAUUAGCUCAUCUACGGUGAUAUUUGACAUCAGAUUGUUCUCUCUACAAACAUGUUCAGUCCUGCAGAUAACAUCUUUAUAAUCCUAAUAACUGGAGAAUUCAUAAUAGGAAUAUUGGGGAAUGGAUACAUUGGACUAGUCAACUGGAUUGACUGGAUUAAGAAGAAAAAGAUCUCUACAAUUGACUGCAUCCUCACCAAUUUAGUUAUCUCCAGAAUUUGUUUGAUCAGUGUAAUGGUUGUAAAUGGCAUUGUAAUAGUACUUUACCCAGAUGUUUAUACAAAAAGUAAACUACAGAUAGUCAUUUGUACCUUCUGGACAUUUGCCAACUACUUAAAUAUGUGGUUUACCGCCUGCCUUAAUGUCUUCUAUUUUCUCAAGGUAGCCAAUUCCUCUCACCCACUUUUUCUCUGGCUGAAGUGGAAAAUUGAUAUGGUGGUUCGCUGGAUCCUGUUGGGAUGUUUUGCCAUUUCCUUGCUGGUCAGCCUUAUAAUAGCAACAGUACUGAGUCAUGAUUAUAGGUUUCAUGCAAUUGCCAAACAUAAAAGAAACGUUACUGAAAUGUUCCAUGUGAGUAAAAUGCCAUAUUUUGAACACUUGACUCUCUUUAACUUGCUUGCAAUUGUCCCAUUUAUUGUGUCAUUGAUGUCAUUUUUCCUUUUAGUAAGAUCUUUACGGAGACAUACCAAGCAAAUAAAACUCUAUGCUACUGGCGGUAGAGACCCAAGCACAGAAGCUCAUGUGAGAGCCAUUAAAACUAUGACUUUGCUUAUCUUCUUUUUUUUCCUAUACUAUAUUACUUCGCUUUUGGUGAACUUUAGCUAUCUUAUUACAAACUACAAGUUAGCUAUGGCGUUUGGAGAGAUUGUAGCAAUUCUCUAUCCCUCGGGUCACUCACUUAUUUUAGUUAUUUUAAAUAACAAACUGAGGCAGGCAUCUGUCAGAAUGCUGACGUGUAGAAAAAUUGCCUGCAUGGUAUGA